AAUUGUGACACCUGUCAUUGUCAGCUGUCAAAUUCACUUGUCAAAUGUAUUUAUCAACAAAUUAACCCAUUUUCCACCCAUAUUCCAGCAUGAAUGCUGAAAUUGAGGAAAAUAUCCGUAAAAACGUGCCAUGGUCGCAACUCCCCGCACAUAUCAAACAGAUUUUAAACAAUUCCGUGAAAGACUACGAACGCUAUGUGGUUUCGUUCAGUAUUAAAAAUCAAUUGCGUUAUCGAGGUAAUUUAGUACGAUAUAUUGUCCGAGAUGAGAAACGUUACUAUGAACGUGUGGUGGCUUAUAGUAAAGAGAGACUUAUGUUAUUUCCUUAUCAUUUGGCCGAUAUGAUUGUAAAAGGCUUGAGGAUAACACCGUUCAAUUAUUACAUUUCCGUAGUGGAGAAAUUAAUGCAAGCGGAGAAAAGUUACGAUACUCUUCCGAAUUUUACAGCAGCUGAUUGUUUGAGGUUGUUGGGGAUUGGCAGAAAUGAAUAUAUCGAAUUGAUGAAUAAAUCAAGGUCGAAUAGAGGGCGCUUAUUUGGGAAAAAGAACGUAAGGGGACUAUUACCACCUGUACCCCGUGACAUCCAUAUUGAACCUUGGUGGCGUGUCGAAGUUGGGCUAGUCUUGGAAGAAGAUGUCAAAUUGGUAAACGAGGAAGAGUUGUCGGUGAUUGACCGAUUGAUUGAUUUAGGGUCACAAACUGCGGGUGAAUUAAAUUAUCAUGUUGUUUUGAGUCUUUACAAGAAAGGUUUAAUUUAUUUAGAUGUUCCAAUAACCGCAGUUGAUUGUAUUCAAGUGCCCCCUUUGCAAGGUUUCGUCAUGAAUCGUAUUCUUGGCGAUUAUUUUGAGACACUUUUAUAUAAAAUUUUCGUCUCAAUUGAUGAACAUACAACAGUUGGCGAACUUGCAGGGGUUUUACAGGUGGAUACUGAAUCGGUAAAACAGGCAGUUUCGCUCUAUUGUCGGUUACAAUUUGCACGAAAGCUGUAUCCAGAAACGGAGAAAGAACGUACGAAAAGACACCCUUCAUGGCAUUUAAUACCGACACAAGAAAUUAGAAAUGUCGAAGUAACACCAUUAACAUUGAGUCUCAGUAAGGAAAAUCUUCAAGAACAGCUUGAAAGUCCGACGAGUUCAACAUUGACACGAAGGGGGCACCGAGUGGCUUUUUUAUUCGAUUCGGCCCUCACGGCGUUUCUUAUGAUGGGGAAUUUAUCACCGGGUUUAAAAAAGCACGCCGUGACAAUGUUCGAAGUGGGCAAAUUGUGCGACGAAAGUCUUGAUAGUUUCCUAACCGAAUUGGAAAAAGUCUCAGUUCUUGAUGCUGAAGGCGAGGGUGAAGCUCGACGUUUCUUCGAUCAUGCUGUCAUCCUCAGAUCGACUAUUUUAGCAUUGAGAAAACUCCCCGGUGCCGGUUUAGAUCUAGUCCGACUUGAAAGUCUCCAUUCAUUAGAUGAAGCCACUUGUAGUCGUCUAUUACAGAAAAAAUACAAUUUGUUGGUAUCAAUGGCACCGUUGAGUCGAGAAGUACGUCCCGUUGUGAGUCUUAAUCCACCUCAUUUAGGGCCAGCUGUACCGGAAGUGAAUUCCUUAUGGUUUAAACUAUUUUUGUAUCACGUGACCGGUUAUGGACCGCCAUCUUUGUUACUAGUCAAAGGAACUGAAAUCAAGCAACUUCCACGAAUGUUUCUCGGUUAUUCCCGAAUUUUAGUGACCACGUGGUUACACGAACCGGCGGUUAUACCCGUUUCUAAUAUUUUACAUGUGAAUGCGGCUGCACAGUUUUCCCCCGUUUUGAUUCAGGCUUUUGGGGUACAUGAACCGGCACAGACUCACAUAAUACCGUUUCCGUUUCGGCCCGAUACACCAUCAAAAAGUCUAGGGGAAGUCCCUAAAGAUUUACAGUUCAGGAAUCAUCCCUCAAUUAAAUAUCUCUCGAAUUUGAUUGAUCUUGAACAUAAUUGUGGUUAUAUCACAUUUGCCAACAUAGGAGUCUUGGAUUUCGGCUGUCAAAAUAAAGAAAUGACAGUCAAGCUUGGUAAAAAACAACCAAUCGCAACGAAAGGAGGCAAAGCCGAGCCUUUAUCGAUCACCAAUGAGAAUUUUAGUUUCACGAAAGAGUUGAGUUCACCUGACGAAUCACAUUUCGCUAUGACUCCGCCCACUUCAUCAUCGCCAGCCAAUGGUUUCACCAGUAAGGAAUGUUCGGAACUCCUUUGUCAGGAAUUGGACGAAUUAGAGCAAAAGAUGAAACAUAGUGUUUCAAUUGAUGGUCUUUUAUCACCAAUCGAUGAAAACAUUAAUAUGUUUUCGUUAAAAAGUGACGAAAUGAAAAAAGUCGAUGAGAAUCGAGGCGAGGUUUGGACUUUGUUAGAUUGCCAUUUUGGGAUUCCCCUGUUUGAUGUUAAUGCCAAUACUAAAAUUUGUGAUACGAUAGUGAGUGGCGGUUUGGCUGAAACUAACAGUUUGGCGAAUUUAGUCGAAUCGAGUCGGAAAUUAGGUUCGGCACUGUUAGAUUUUAUUUCGCAAUGUCAGUACUAUCCUGGUGAAAAUAUGGAAAUUAUGAAACGUGGACGGUUGGUACCACUGCCGCGUUAUAAUCUCGUCUUCGAUAAUGGCAAAGUGAGCGAAUGGACUGGGAAAUAAGCAAUAUUUUGUACAAAUUUUGUGAUAAGUUGGAGACUUAAUUUUGUAAAUAUUUUUUGCAUUUAUUCAAAUGGCAGGGUUAGGUUGCAUUUUCCGGACCAAAAAAUUAUUUUAUUACAUUUCCAACAUAUUUUUAAUUUUUCAACUUUAAGUAUUAAUUAUUUUAUUAUUAAAACUAGAAAUAAACGCACUAAAACA